UUGACGUAACAAUAGUGUGACGUCACAGAACAGCGUCCACUUUCAUGUGGUUCAUUCCGCAUGUUGGUGUCCACGUUAUUAGCUUAAAAUGUCACUUUGCUGUUUCCGACAAGAGCCUUGGGUUACAGUGGGAGAACUACCAUGGUCGGUGGAACUGCGCGAGGAGUUCAAAGCUAUCAGAUGGUGGCUCCAUCUCAUCAGAGAAGUUUGCAUGGAACAGAACAGGUUGAUGUUUCAGACCAACGAUCUGCGAAUCGUCAGCAGACGAAUAUGGAAAGUACACAACGCAGUCAAUGAAGGCGGGGCGGAAGUCUCCAGACAGUUCCUCUGCUGUGACCCCAAUGACCCCAACGUCCACCAAGCCCUCGUCAACGUCCAAAACAGCGUCAUCGCGGUUGCAAAUCGCUACAAACUCCCACGGAUUCUUCCCCCGCCCAUCUUCGUCAAUGGGGUGAUGGUUCGGCCUACCUUUCCCUCGGAGCCAGGGCGGUUCCAGAAGUUCAUCGGUGAUGUCCGCAGUCGAUUCACAUUUGUCACAUCCAAGCCUAAAGACCCGGUGGCUUGUCAGAGAGAAGACCCUCCCUCACCAAACAGCAAAGUCACGCCGGGGGAGGACAAAACAUCACCGUUCAGGCGGUUCCUCCGCAGAGUGAGAAACAUUGGCCGGGAGGGGUCUACUUCUGCACGGUAGAUUCUUCAAAAAUAUUAUGUGAACCGUUUUGUAUAAGCAAAAUGUUCCUAAACAGCAAACUUCAGCCAUAGUGUAUGUUAAACUGAUUUGUAAACAAACUUUUAGUUCUGUUUCAUGGCUUCACUGGCAAUUGUCUGUCGAUCGUGUUGGUAUCUGGCUCAUCGUUCUACCUCACACUAUUCUGCAUCAUCUGCCGGUCUGACGAAGACAUCUAAGCCGUCACAAGUUCGAUAUUUUGAUUAGCCAAAAUUGAACGUGAUUGCCUCUAGAUACGGCCUAGAUAGAAAGGACUUACAUUUGUAACCCUCUUCAAAGUCGGAAUGAAGACAUAAAGUAGCAUAUGCUAU